AGCGGCCCGGCCCCCCCGCACCUGCCCGGGGCCGCCCCCGGGUCCCGCCGGCGCCGGAGGGGGCGGGAGCGCCGGAACCGGCAAAACCCAGCCCCGGGCCCGUGCCCAGGAACCGGCUGCGAGAGGGCUCCAGAGGGCUGGAGAGGGCUCCGAGAGCGCUCCGAGACGGCUCCGCGGCCGGCCCGACCCCCGGGAUGUCCUCGGGCAAGGCGGCGGGGGAGCGGCGCUGGGAGCUGGUGCGCUGGUACGUGCGAGAAGGCCGCUUUCGCAUCGAGGAGAGGACGCUGACKGCUUUCCAGUGGCUCUACUCGCCCCAGCAGCACCGCAUCGUCAGCCGGGCAGACCUGGGCUCGCCCAGCAGGUGAGGGGCUC